CGGAUUCAAAAGACAAAAACUUUAAAAGCUGCAAGAUGAGAUCAGCGGCAGCUUCUUCACCGGAUCCGAGAGACAAGAUCGGAGAGAUAAAACGAAGAAACAGAGACAAGCAUCGCUGUUUCUUGACAAAUUCUUCGAUGCUCUUCGUCCUCUCCGGGGAAGAAGAACGGAUUCGCCAAUGACUAUCUCAGCAUGCUCCCGUCAGUCACCGGCUAAUACGCCGUCGUUGUCUUGACUCCGCCGCCGAUCUCACCGCAGGUGUAA